UUUACAACUCUAACUUUACCUGAAUUCACAGUUUUUGGUUUUUUGUGCUUUCUGUUCCAUUCUUCUUCAACGCUUCAACAGAACGCAAAACAGAAAAAAAAAAAAAAACCAAAACACAACACAAACUUAGAUUUUUUUUAUUUUUUAUUUUUAAAAUUUGCUCUGUCUUUUUUAUUUGAAAGCUCUGUUUUGGGUUCUGUGUUUUUGAUUCAGAAACCCCAACAAGGAAGGAUGUUGAAGAUCUUGGUAGCUUUAUCAUUGAUAGCUUCAUCAUCACUGUUUUCCACAUGCUAUGCUCAAACAUGCAACAGCCACACCUUCUCUAGCAACCAAAACUUCGCUACCUGCAAUGAUCUUCCAUAUCUGAACUCUUUCCUCUAUUGGAAUUACGACCAGGCUACAGGGAAGCUCCAAAUGGCGUUCAGACAAACUGGGGUCACAUCGUCCACGUGGGUUUCAUGGGCUAUCAACCCGACCGCCGCACAAAUGCCCGGCUCCCAAUGUCUGGUCGCGUACCCGAAAUCCGAUGGCACACCGCAUGUGUACACGUCGCCUAUUGGGAACAGUUAUAGUACUAGUUUGGCCGAAGGGAAUUUGACUUACCAAGUUUCCGAUCUAACGGCCACGUAUCAGAACAGUGAGAUGGUAAUCUUUGCCACCUGGUCGCUUCCGACAACCACCGCCACAAUCAACCAGGUUUGGCAAUCGGGUCCGCUUUCUGGAGGCAAUCCUGGACAACAUGGUAGCGCCGCAGCUAAUCUGAAUUCCAAAGGUACCGUUAAUCUGCUUUCUGGCCAAACCCAAAGCCAAGCAGGUGGAAACUCCAGAACCAGAAAGAGAAAUAUACAUGGAGUUCUAAAUGCAGUGAGUUGGGGUAUCUUGAUGCCACUUGGUGCUAUAAUAGCAAGGUACUUGAAGGUAUUCAAAUCUGCAGACCCCGCAUGGUUUUACCUUCAUAUCACCUGCCAAACCUCCGCUUACAUCAUCGGGGUCGCCGGCUGGGCUACCGGUCUCAAACUCGGAAGCGACAACGGCAAAAUCCAGUAUGACGCCCAUAGGAACAUUGGCAUAACCCUUUUCUGCCUUGGCACACUUCAGGUAUUUGCUUUGCUUCUGAGGCCCAAGCCAGAUCACAAAUACAGAUUGUACUGGAAUAUCUAUCAUCACACAGUUGGAUACGUAGUCAUAAUCCUAAGCAUCAUCAACAUAUUUAAGGGAUUAGACAUCUUGGACCCUGAGAAGAAAUGGAAAGAUUCUUAUAUUGGAAUUAUCAUUGCCUUGGGAGCUAUUGCUGUGUUGUUGGAAGCUUACACAUGGUUUAUUGUGCUGAAGAGGAAGAGAUCAGAAGGAAAAGUGCAGUACAAUGGAACUAAUGGUGUCAAUGGCCAUGGUGCUAGGCAACAACAGGGAGUAUAGGAACUUACAUGACUGAUGGUUGAAGCAUCUGCUUUUUUCUUCUUCUUCUGUUCCAUUUCUCUUUCAUCUACAUAUUGUUUGCUUCUUUUACCCUUUUGUAUAUUUUAAGGGAAGAGUUUGAUGGAUUGGUCAGAGGUAAUUCUUUCAUUAGGCUAGUUUGUAGGAUUGUGUGUUUGGGCGGGUUUUCUUUUACCUUUCAUGGAGCUCUACUUUGAGAGGUAACAUAUAUGUUACUCUUAUUUCUUCUGUUUAUUUUAUUAUUAUGCUUUCUCC